GUCCCAGCCCUGGACAGAAACUGACAAGAAGGCGGUAGAUUUUAUCUUCAGCCUUGCCCCGAAUUCCUCAAAGCCAGCGCUGGCAGUGCGCGGCCCCAGAGCCCACGGGUGACUCUCGUCAGUCUUGGGGCGCAUGGAGAGGCGUUAAUAGGGCUGCCGGCGUAGGCCAGGAGCCGCUGCAAAAUGAACCUCGUGGGCAGCUACGCACACCAUCACCACCACCACCACCACCCGCAUCCCGCACACCCCAUGCUCCACGAGCCCUUUCUCUUCGGCCCGGCUUCGCGCUGUCACCAGGAGAGGCCCUACUUCCAGAGCUGGCUUCUGAGCCCAGCUGACGCUGCACCGGACUUCCCUGCCGGCGGGCCACCGCCCACAGCCGCUGCGGCCACCGCCGCAGCCUACAGUCCGGACGGCAGGCCUGGCCAGAGCCCCGGGCGGCUGGAGGCUCUCGGCGGCCGCCUGGGCCGGCGGAAAGGCUCAGGACCCAAGAAAGAGCGAAGACGUACAGAGAGCAUUAACAGCGCGUUCGCGGAGCUGCGCGAGUGCAUCCCCAAUGUGCCAGCCGACACCAAACUCUCCAAGAUCAAAACUCUGCGUCUGGCCACUAGCUACAUCGCCUACCUGAUGGAUGUGCUGGCCAAGGAUGCACAGGCUGGCGACCCCGAGGCCUUCAAGGCUGAACUCAAGAAGGCGGAUGGCGGCCGUGAAAGCAAGAGGAAAAGGGAGCUGCAGCAGCAUGAAGGCUUUCCUCCUAACCUGGGCCCAGGCGAGAAGAGGAUUAAGGGACGCACCGGCUGGCCGCAGCAAGUCUGGGCGCUGGAAUUAAACCAGUGAGCCGAGGCCCGCGCCGAGGACCUGGCCAUGGCUGGCUGACCCCGGAGCCCCGAGAGGAGAGGAAGGGGCCAAAGAAAGCCAGGCUCUGGGUUUCUGCGGCGUGCGGGAGCGCAUUUCGCCUAGCCUUUGCUGAGCUUGGCAGGUCCUCGGCUGCAACCAUACUUGGAUCGCACGUGCAAUGUCAUUUCAAAUAGUUUUUAAUACAUUAAGAGAAAGAAGUAUAUAUAUAUAUAUAUCCACCUCUCCUAACCGAGCGCGGCUCUCAGCAGCAGAUGCAAGAGGGAGGGACUGCUGAACCCAAGUGCAAAGACACACCCUUCCAACCCUUCUGGGGCGAAUUCGAACUUCAAUGCCUUUCCCAUUCCGCUAUCUGGCUCUCUUUCUCUUUUGACCUCCUUCAACUUGGUGUCAAAGCCUCCGACGCCCUCCUUCUCUAAUUAAAAUGCAAUAAAGAAUCAAUAGUUUCUUGUCUGGGAAAAAGAACCUAAAGCAGGAAGAUGAUGGGCUGCUCUUUGUUGCCAUUCUCCUUCAAAUAGUGUGUUUUUAAAUUUUAUUUUUCUUUUUGUUGCUGCACUUCCUAUUUCGUUUCAAGGGAAAUUUUUUCUCUCUCUUCCUUUUUUCUCCCCCUCUCCUUCCCCCCUUCCUCCCUUCCUUCCUAGCUUAAUAAAAGCUUUUCCUAUGUUGGAAAGUUUUUACGUAUUUAAACUACCUACCGUGCCUAUUGUGCUCAGGUGUUCAUUUAUCCUCCCAUCCCACCCCUUUUCUACCUCAAAUCUAUAUGACCACUCACAGCCCCCUCCCUGUGCCAAAGCAG